AUUUCCAGCGUAGAGCGCAGGUGUCAAUUGGAAAAUAAUUGUAAUAGAACAAGUUUUCUAUGCGUCUUGCAGUGCGCGAUGUGACUGCAAUUCUGCAGGUGCGCGUGCACGUCGACGGGUCCCAAUUCGACAGUUCUCUCAUGACACAGCCGGAAUUCCUGCUCUCCACGCGGGUGGUGUUCCGUAGUGUCCGACAUGGCGGAACCCAAUUGCAAGCGUCAUGGCGAGUCUUCCGAAGUUUCCACGAGUUUCAGGGUCUAGAUGCACAACUACGACAUGCUUUUCCUCAAGAUAUGAGGCUUUUGGCACCACCUCCUCCGCACCGAAGACGGACAUGGCUACGAAGACAUCGCAGCGCCAAAUUCUUGGCUAAACGUUGUGCAGAACUAAACGACUAUUUGGCGCGAUUACUGAGCAGUCCACACUUGAGACUCACGAGGUUUCUAGACCCACGCGCACCGCUCGUGUUGCGAUGCUUUUGCAACUUUGACGUCGGCUUGAUCACAUCGGAGGUGACGGCACUACCCAACCAGUUCGAGAGUUGCGUCUUGUGCCUAGACUACAGAGAUCGAGAUGACGAUGCAAAAGGAAGAAUGAACGGGACAAUGGGUACAGUGGAUAGCAGUGAAUAUAGCGCCUUGGAAGGGGUCGAAUUCGAACAGGAAUUCGAAGACAGAGACAGCGAACACUUGAUCCGACAGCGGAGACCGAGGAUCCAAGAGCGACGCAGUGACGACGCCAAGCUGGACGAGUUACAGGCCAAUCUCAUGGACGACAAGUCUCGAAACAUGGCCAUGUGCACCAAAUACGAAUGUGCCUGUCGCGUUUCUUCCUUCCGAGUCACACACAACAAAAUGAUGCGGAUGUUGCGACUUCGAGGUUUUAAACAAACCUACGCACCUCCGGAGGGUGCUCUAACUGCGCUGUAUUGCGUGCUGCAUAAACUUCAGCAGUUUAACGACCUGGACAAGAGAUUAUACGAUGCACUCACGGGGUUUCCGGCGAAGACACCAAAGGAGAAUGGGAAGUCAGAUCGGGAGGCUACGGAUGCUCUUGCGAAUGACCACUUACAGUUAUCUGUCGGUGUGGAGCUACUACGUCAAACACUGGCGAAUUAUGGACUACUGCAUGUACACACCUUGGAACGACACUUUCGUACUUCUGCUGUGGAUCUCAAGAAGAGACUUCACGAAUUUAAAUCUCGACGACAGCUACGUGUGGGUGCAGUGGAGCUGGUUCUAUUGGCUACUAUGCUAGAUCUGUCUAUUUAUCUCAUUACGAACGAUCAUGAAGGUUCGGAACAGAAUAUCUUACCACUUGCUGGCCUACGAUCGAUUCGAAAAGGUGGUCGUGUUAGUAUGACUUUUGGGUAUAUUCUACCUACACUCGAAUGUGUCAAUGGGUUUUACCUACUGGCUGAGCGAGAACGUAUUGUACCGGGAAUUAUGCCAGACCUGGAAAGUGAAGAGGAAAUGAAGAUGACAGAGCGACAGCGACGACGAAUGUGGCAAGGAGUGGAUGAGAUGGAUCGGCGCUUUAUGGUGGAGAUCGAGCGAACGCUUUCUAAUGGUACCGAUGCGUUUGCGUUAGCGUUUGACUUCGACGUGGCGGACUCACUCAAUUCAGCUAUCCUGGACGCAGUGUGGGACGACUGCCAGCACAACCCCAACCUGUUCUACCUCUUCCAGCGACAGGCUCGUCAGUUCGGCAAAGGACGGACUACCGCACGCUUUUUCAUGCAGUAUCUGGAGGUGGCAUUCGGACUCGAAGGUGCCACUUAUCUUGUGGAUUUCUUGCUUCAUGUUUUACCUGAAGAAGAACUCCGCAAGCAGCUACUACACGCUCGGUGGAUGCGCUUGCAUCGCCAACUUGCAAAGCGCGUAUCACCGUGAGGGCGGUAUCAAAACAAGCAACACUAGCCUAGGAAGGCUAUGUACAAAAUGUAAUAAAGAUAUCAUGACACUGUAACCAUAAAUUGAAACCUUGAAUUGGAUCUGAAA